AUGAGCGCCGCGGUGGUGACCAAGUCGUCGCCGGUGCUGGUCGUCGGCCCGCCAGGCGGGGACGACGCCACCGUCCAUCUCACCUCUUCCUUCGACAGGUCCGCCGUCCCUUUCAGGGUCACGGCGCUGCUCCUCUUCGACCGGUCGAUCCCCGAGCCGGCGGAGACCAUCAGGACGGCACUCUAUGAGGCGCUGGCCCACUACCGCCCCGUCGCCGGCCGUCUCGCUGCCGACGCCGACGGCGAUGGCGAUCUCCUGCGCAUCGAGGGUGCGGCCGGCGUGCCUUUUGUCGCCGCGUCGGCGCGCUGCGCGCUGGCGGACGUUGCGGCGCCGCUGCUCGGCAGCCUCGCCGUGUGGUACCCGGGCGGGCUCUGCCGCCAUGCCGACCCGCUGGUCCUGGUGCAGGUCACCGAGUUCGCCUGCGGUGGUUUCGCCGUCGCGGCGACGUGGAACCACGUGCUGACCGACGGAGAGGGCAUGGCGCAGUUCCUGGGGGCCGUCGGCGAGCUCGCGCGCGGGGCGUCGCCAGCGCCGUCCGUCCGGCCGCUCCGGGCCGACGACGACUCGCUCCCGCGCCUCCCCCAGUCAUUGGUCGCGGCGCAGAAGCAGGCACUCAGCUGCGUGUUCAACAGGGACUUCGCGCUCCUCGACUUCACCGUCCCCGCUGGGCUGAUCGGCCGCGUCAGAGCCGACUUCGACGCCGCGGGCCUUGACGGCGGGAAGCAACCCUGCACGGUAUUCGAGGCCGUCUCGGCAGUGCUGUGGCAGUGCCGGACCCGCGCGGCCGUCGUCUACGUGUCCGACGAGGCCCCCGUGGCGCUGUCGUUCGCAGCCAACGUGCGUCGGCUCGUCGGCGCCAGGCCCGGGUACUAUGGCAACUGCGCGGUGGUGCAGUCCGUGACCUCAACGCGCGGCCAGGUGGCGAAUGGCGCCGUCGUGGAUGUGGCGAGGAUGAUCCGGCGCGCGAAGGAGAGGAUCCCGGAUCUGCUUGUCCCCAGCGGCACAACAACGGAACAGGGGGCGAUGGCGCUACCGUACCACACGCUGGUGCUGUCGUGCUGGAGGAACCUGGGGUUCGAGUCGACGGACUUCGGCGGCGGGAGGCCGGCGCGGGUGACCUGGCAUGGGGAGGAGACGGUGGUGCCGGGCUGCGUCGUGUGCCCGCCGGGCAAGGACGGUGACAAGGACGGGGUUAGCGUCAUGUCGCUCUGCGUCAGGCCAGAGCACGCCGACGCCUUGCUAGCAGAGCUCACCACAUCAGCAGAUCUAAAGUUGUAA